AUGCCUAUUGGUGUUCCAAAAGUACCUUUCCGAAGUCCUGGAGAGGAAGAUGCAUCUUGGGUUGACGUAUACAACCGACUUUAUCGAGAAAGAUCUUUUUUAGGCCAAGAGGUUGAUAGCGAGAUCUCGAAUCAACUUAUUGGUCUUAUGGUAUAUCUCAGUAUCGAAGAUGAGACCAAAGAUCUGUAUUUAUUUAUAAACUCCCCUGGUGGAUGGGUAAUACCCGGAGUAGCCAUUUAUGAUACUAUGCAAUUUGUACGACCAGAGGUCCAUACAAUAUGCAUGGGAUUGGCUGCGUCAAUGGGAUCUUUUAUUCUGGUUGGAGGAGAAAUUACCAAACGUCUAGCAUUCCCUCACGCUUGUAUCAGGGUAAUGAUCCAUCAACCUGCUAGUUCUUUUUAUGAGGCACAAACGGGAGAAUUUAUCCUGGAAGCGGAAGAACUGCUGAAACUACGCGAAACCCUCACAAGGGUUUAUGUACAAAGGACGGGCAAACCUUUAUGGGUUGUAUCUGAAGACUUGGAAAGAGACGUUUUUAUGUCAGCAACAGAAGCUCAAGCUUAUGGAAUUGUUGAUCUUGUAGCAGUUGAAUGA